AUGCGAAACACGGUUGUCGCGAGCAGCGGUAUCGCCGCGCUGCUGGUGGCGUGCCUGCUGAGCGCAAGCGGGGUGAACGUGGCCAAGGCGCAAUCCGACUGGGCGUCGCAGCUGCUGCCCAACUACCAGGCGCAGGCUAAGGAAGUCAUGCGGCUGGCGGCCAUAAGCCUGAAUCAGACGCGUUAUUCCAAAUUCACCCAGGCCUUCACCAGCUUCUUCAAGUCCGGGGAUCUGGUAAUUGAUGAGGAUGCAACCAUCCUCAUCCCCGCCAAUGGAGGGUUGAAGCGCACAAAAGUAAAAGACUUUGACAGCCUCACCCGCAACCAGAAGAUCCGGUUACUCCGUUACCACAUUAUCAAGGGCCGGUACAACGCGAUGGAAAUCAAUACCGCCCCUCAAAACAAGCUCUUCCCGACUUUCAAUCAGAACCUGCCACUCAAAAAGACCUCUGAUUCGUGGGCUGCGUUUUUAGAUACGGUUCCACCGAGGGUUGUGGCGAGCGAAGGGUACCGGUAUUCGUAUACAGAGAUGAGGGUGCCAAAUGCGGGGCUGGUGAAGAACAUUGCUGCACAGGGAGUGUCAUGGUGCCUCGAGCCACCCAACCUCUGA